GAAAUGGAUUUCGCGAUGGGAUGGAGUCAAUUCAAUCUAACUCUGCUCGGCGUGUGGCCGGAACCAAGGUUAAUCUCCCAUCGUAAACGGCGAAUAUCGUCUUUCGUCUUCUGGUUCACGAGUAUUGUCUCGUUUAUGUUCAUAUGCGCGCCGCAGACCGCGCGACUGGUACUGAAAUCGACGAAUUUGGACGAGGUGAUUGAGAAUCUGUCGAUCAACGUGCCCAUUGCUUUCGCCCUGACGAAGCAACUUGUUUUACGAUACCAUAAGAAGGCCCUAACAUUCUUGCUCGGUCAAAUACUGGAAGACUGGUCCCGGCCUUUGCCAGAAGCGUAUCGUCAGACGAUGUUAAAAAGUGCCAGGAGAAGUCGAAUGAUAUCCAUCGCCUGUACCACGCUGGCGUGGAUCAUGCUUCUCGCGUUCCUCACGUUGCAAGUUUGGAACAACAUGCAGAACUCUUCGGAGGCUGAUUUGGAGGGCUUCUUGCAUCCUGCCACGUUUCCUUAUAAUACGAAAAAAAGUCCCAAUUUCGAACUUACUUGGCUGGGACAGUUUAUAGGCACCGUGCUCGCCGCGAUCGGUUAUUCUUGUUUCGACACGUUCCUCGCAGUCCUCGUGCUGCAUUUAUGCGGACAGUUGUCCGUUCUUAGACUGGCCGUCACAAAUUUGGUGAACACGAGCAACGAGACCAAUUUUAUGGAGUUCAAAGGGAGACUCGGGUACAUCGUGUACAGACAUAAUCAAUUGUACAGGUCUGCACCGAUUAUUUAUGCUGGUAUUAACACAUUUGCGAUCGGAAAAUUGUUUGCUUUUCUAACAACUAUUGCUGGUGGAAAUCAAGGAAAUC